GGAUGCGAUGUGAAUGCGACCCUUGGCCCUGUACGCUUACGCCGCGGCAGAAGAAACAAAAACCGAGGGGUUUGCGACAAUUAUAACAAGAGGACAGAUGGCAUUAUUUCCCAGAAUUUGAGCUGACGGGAAUAUAAGUCUCUUGCGCGCGCAUCCCGACUUAACCUCUCAAUCCAAGUCCAAACCGAAGUGCUAAGCGACAACUGAUACCGGCCAAAAUGCACACCAAAGCCAUCGUCGCGCGCGAACCCACGACACACCCCACGUGGGGCAUCGAAGAAGUGGACAUUGGUUCCCCCGCCAACGACGAGGUCCUCGUCAAGAUCACCGCGACGGGCAUCUGCCAUACGGAUAUCUUGCUCUCGUCGAUACCGACGGGAAACCCGUUGGGGAUUGCGUAUCCGAAGAUUCUGGGACACGAAGGCGCCGGAAUCGUCCAGGCAACCGGCAAAAACGUCACGAGUGUCGCCGUCGGCGAUCAGGUCUUGCUCUCGUACUACUCGUGCUCAUCAUGCGCGCAAUGCCAGGCGGAUAAACCGAUGUACUGCGCGCAGUUCCAUGUUGAAAACUACGUCGGGCGCAAGGGGCCGACCGUGUGCAAGGCGAGUGGCGAGGAGACAUGGGCGCGGUUCUUUGGACAGUCGAGCUUCGGAGAGUACAGUCUUGUCGCGGAGACGAGUGUCGUCAAGGUUACGGGGCUGCUGGAGAGUGAAAAGGAGUUGAGCUUAUUUGCGCCGCUGGGGUGUGGGUUCCAGACGGGGAUGGGUGCUAUCAAGAAUGUGGCAAAGGCCGGCAAGGACGAUGUCGUGUUGAUCAUGGGAAUGGGUGCUGUUGGGAUGGCAGGGCUUAUGACGGCCAAGAUCCAGGACUGCAAGACAAUCAUCGCCCUGGACCGAUUCCCAGCCCGCUUGCGGCUCGCCGAGGAGGUGGGCGCGACACAUACAAUCAAUACUGCGGUGCCGGACUUUGAGUUCCAGCAGGCUGUCCGGGAUAUUUCACCAAACGGAGCCUCGGUAGUGCUCGACACCACGGGUGUUGGCAAGCUGAUAGAGGAGGCAUAUCAGAGCCUUGCCCCGAUGGGGAAGCUCGUGCAUGUCGCCAUGCCGCCGCCGGAUUAUAGAUUCAGUCUUGAUAUCGCGAGAUUGUUCGCGGCCGGCAAAACAAUCACAGGAUGCAUCGAGGGGAACUGCCUCCCUAGCGAGGCAAUCCCCCAAAUGAUCCAGUGGUACCGCAAAGGCAUCUUCCCGAUCGACAAGCUCGUCUCAUACUACAAUGGCGAGCAGGGCAUUAUCUCCGCAGUCAAGCUCCACUGCUGGUUCCACUCUACGUAUGCCCAGAGGCUAGUCUUCCGUGGUGGACCGGUGGUGGUCUUUCAUGAUUGAUGUAAUUUUAGGUUCUGAGGUGUUCAUUGAGCUGUGAGGGGAAAGUGUGAUCUGGGAAUGGACUACGGCCGAACAAAUGCAGCGUGACUCCAUUGCACCAUAGGCGCCUAGGUACUCCGGACGAAAGCCGGUUUUAGAGGAACAGAGGAACUCCUCUUUCACUCGAGGUAGGACCCUCGGAGUGUAGAUCGCAUAGCCGACCCCCUCGGCGGAGGCUGCGGCACAGUUCCCCGCACGUUGUCACGGCGUUGGUGUAACACAGGACCAACUCACCAACUCUAGAGUAUAAGACAAAGAACUGGCUGCCUACCUGCACACCGACCAACUUUCUGUUCUUCACUCUUUCGCUUUCCACUCUGAUCUGAUCAUCAGUCAAUAUGGCCAUCGCCGAACAAUUUAACGUCUUCGAAGACUUCCAAAACAUCAUCAACGGCAAAAAGUCCUCGACAGCAGAGACCCGCCACGGCAUCAACCCAGCAACAGCCAAGCCCAACCCCGAGGUCCCCGUCUCAACCCAGACGGACGUCGACAAUGCUGUUGCUGCCGCCCAAGAGGCUUUCAAGACCUGGUCUGAGGUUCCUCUCGCGGAGCGCGCAAAUGCUCUAAGGACUUUUGCAGAUGGG